GCGACGUAAGGUAUAAGGUCGUUUACUGUAGUUGUCUAUCGCAAAUCACUCUUCCGUUUUUCGACCUUAAUAGUAAGUUKUCAUCGACUCGCAUAAUAUAAUUGUGAUAUUUUAUUAGUUUUUUUCGAAUUUUCGGAAGUCUAACCGUUGGUAAAAUAAUAUCAUUAUAAGAAAAGUAAUAAUUACUGAGUCGCGUUAUCAACGUAGAACGACGACCUGCAGAUCGAUCGGUAUAUAAAAUACCAACGCCAGUCGAUGAUCUGUUCAUUCUCCAUCAUGAAGUCGAACAGGGUGGUUCUGCAAGCUUUUUUCGCUUUCACUUUUCUCGUAAUCGCGUCCGGGUUGAAUAAUAACACGUGGUUCGUCCCGUCCAAUACCACCGGUAGAGCCAUGCAACCCGACAUACCUUUUAUGAUGUUCAUUAACGAAAUAUACAGAGCUAAUUACUGCCAGAACAAAACGUGUCCGGUUUGGAAUUGUUCAGAUGAUUCGGUGAUAAUACACGGGUCGUGUUGCAAGUGUCCUAACAUUUUCGGAGAUGAUGUUCCAGUAUUGUGCGUUAAUAAUUUGGAAUGCCCGCGUUUAAUGAAGGACCUAUGCACCAAAUACAAUCUGAUGAUUUUGUGCUGUUGUUCCCGAAUCAAUGAUAAUUAUUAUAACUACAGUACCUAAUUCAUAUUUUGUUUUGUUUGAAUACUAUUUAAUAUUAAUAUU